AUCCGACCGCAGUCUCUCUACCUGCUUGCCUCGACCGCUCGACGCCCUUCUCGUCGUCGGCACAGGCCACCAUUUCCGCCGCCGCCGACUGCGCUAUGUCAAAUGACGUUCCCAAUAAUCGAUGCAUUUGCACGGCUUCUCGCUCGAGCCCAGGAGCUGGGCGGUUCAGGCGUGCGCCUGUGCCAGCAAUGGGAUUCGGUCGAGCCUAAUUCAAUUUGGUUCGUCGAUUCUGGUUCGAUCGAACCAUAUUAACGUCUCUCCCCACCCACCCCACUAGAUCUACGUCUCUUCCCUUCCCCGGCGCGCACGAGGCCGUGCCGCCCCUGGAAAACCUAAUCACUGCGCGGCGUCUUCCUCUCCAUCGGCGAACGACGGCUGUGUCUUCCUCGAGCGAGAGGCUUCCGUGCGAUCUCCAGCCGGCUCUUCUUCCGUCUCUGUCUCUCUCUCCCCUUGACCGUCGUACUCUCCCGCUCGCCUUUGACUACACUGCAUUUAUGUGAAUCAGUUAUACCACAAAUAAGCUACUGCAAAUGAGGGAACUUGUAACGAUUCAAGUUGGUACUUUUGCGAAUUACGUUGGAUCUCAUUUUUGGAAUUUUCAGGAUGAGUUGCUUGGACUGACAGAGGUACCCGAUGGAGAUCCCAUUUUCAAGAAUUCACCCUUAGAGAUGGAUGUCCUUUAUCGUGCUGGUGAAACACAACAGGGUAUUCCUACAUACUGCCCUCGAUUGAUAUCCAUCAAUUUUCAAGGGUCUCUGGGUUCCCUAAGUCUUUCUGGUUCUCUAUAUGAUGAUAUUUCAUCAUCUGACCCUACAGAUAUCCUGACAUGGACUGGCAAUGUAUCCAGAUGCAUGGCAGAACCUCACAAAAAGAAUUUAUUUCUGCAAAGCUUAUCUGCGGAAGAGCAUGAGAUUUUAGAUGUUUCAGAGGAUGAUUCUGGUGAAGUGAUGAGCAGUUCUCAGAGGCAAGUUCAAGAUAAGGGCCGGAUUGAAUGCCUAGAAACUGAUGUUAAGUUUUGGACAGACUUUUCCAAGGUUCAGUAUCACCCUCGAAGCUUGUAUGAACUUCAUAGUUCAUGGAUGGACAUCCAAAAGUUUGAUGAUUAUGGAAUUGGAAGGGAUGUUCUUUCAGGAGGCUUGCAGUUAGAAGAGAUGAAUGAGAGACUACGGUUCUUUAUUGAAGAAUGCGACCAUAUUCAGGGUAUCCAAUUUGUUGUUGAUGAUUCUGGAGGUUUUUCCAGCGUAGCUGCAGAAGUUCUGGAGAACAUUGAAGAUGAGUACACAAACACACCUGUUCUGCUUUAUGCUGUAAGAGAUCCUGGUGCUUAUACAUAUGCCACUAACCAGAAAUCAUCUAUUGGACGAUCUCUUCACGAUGCUGUCUCCUUUUCAAGGCUGUCUUCCUUUUGCAACUUGAUGAUACCAGUUGGGUUGCCUUCUCUUAGAAGUACGCAAGUCUGUGGUGGGUUGUCUCCUUUGCUCCAUGUGGACGAUAAGAAGCCUUUCCACAGCAGUGCUGUUUAUGCUGCUUCAAUACACUCCAUAAGCAUUCCAUUCCGAAUGGAAAUUCCUGGGCCAGCCGCAAAUUCAACAUGCACUUCUGGUGCUAUGGAUGUGGGUGAGAUUGUACACACAUUGGCUGGUCAAUCUAGGCAAAAUAUGGUGACAGUUCUGGAUGUAGCGAUGCCACCUCCAUCUUUGACCGAUGAGCAUAACCAAGGUAGUAUCCUCAGAAACUUGCAUCCUUUGACCCCUGAAAUAAGAAAAGAUGAUGAUGAUUUGCUAGCUGUGGAGUCCUUGGUUGUUCAUGGAGCCCUUUAUUCAGGUGAUCAUCGAGCAACGGUGUCUCAAGUCAAGGACUCGAUACGUGUAGCUUAUCAAACUGCUCCGGCGAAGCCAAUGUUCUCCCGCCUCUCGGUGGCCCUCUGCCCUCUUCCGAUACCACUGCCAUUUCCAUCGAUCUUUGGGAGGAAUGUAGGCCGACAUGGCGAGUUGGUGUUCAACUCGGUACAAGGAGCUCCGUCGAGAGGAUCGCUUGAAAUCGAAUCAAUCCCGAUGGCUGCAAGACUCCGGUCAAGCACUGCUAUUAUGCCUUUCGUGGAGAAAAGGUUGGGGGACCUUCGCAAACACGGGAUCGCAAGGGGAGCUCCAGGCGCUGAGCUUCUCCGUACUUGGGGCUUUGGGAGAGAUGAAGUCCAAGACAUGGGAGAGCAUCUAUCGAAACUGUUGAUGGGAUUUGAUCCUCACUCCCAGACAACAUCGGAUUCAGAUUAGUGCUUUGUUUUCUUUUCUUUCGGUAAUAGACAUUUUGGUUCACCAGUCUUUGUUGUUUCACGAGGCUAAAUCUGAUGUGUCUUAACAUA